AUGGCGGACGUCCGGUCCAAGAACCUCUACGAGCUUCUGGGUAACGACCCAGAGCUCGACCCCAGCAGACCCGCUCCUCCCCCCACGAAGGCUGUCGACCGCCCCGUGGACCGCUCCGGAAAGCGUGAUGCCCCCAAGGAGCCCUCAGCCCGUCACACCGAGGCUAACGCCCGCCGUGGUGGCCGUGUGACCGCUGGCAACGAGGCUGCUUACCGUGACCGCAACGCCGGCCGCAACAACAACCGCGAGAAGCCCACUGACGAGGCUGCUGCUCCCGCCCGCCGUGGUGGCCGUGGCCCCCGCGGUGACCGCCAGUCCCGCACUGGCCAGACCGACACCCGCAAGCAGGUCGAGCAGGGCUGGGGUGCCGAGAGCGGCGAGAAGGCCUGGGACGACGAGCGCCAGGGCGAGAACAUCGCCAAGAAGGAGGAGAACGAGCCCCAGACCCCCGCCGAGGCCGAGGAGCAGGAGGAGCCCGAUAACUCCAAGUCCUUCGCCGACUACCUUGCCGAGAAGGCCCAGCGCGAGACCCUGGCCGCCAAGCCCGUGCGCGCUGCCAACGAGGGCACCAAGCUCGACAAGAAGUGGGAGUCCGCCAAGGAGCUCUCCAAGGAGGAGGAAGCCGCUUACAUCGCCCCCUCCCACGAGAAGGCCAAGCGCGAGAAGCAGCGCAAGGAGAAGAACUUCCUCGACGUUGACCUCCGCUACGUCGAGCCUCCCCGCAGCGGCCCCGCCCCCGCGGCCGUGGCGACCGUGCCCCCCGUGCGCUCCGAGCGCGGCCGCGGUGGCCCCCGUGGUGGUGACCGCCCCGCCCGCGGCGGUGCUGCCGCUCCCCGUGGCAACGCCCGUGGCCCCGCCGGCCCUACCGUCGACGAGAAGAACUUCCCCAGCCUCGGCGGCAACUAA